CGGGAGGCGCCCGGGCCGUUUAAGCGGCCUCCCUCCCGCCCCCAGGCGCCUGCUCUGGCCCGGGCCCUGUGCUGACCGACCCCCGGCGUGGCCCACUCCGGCCCUGCCCAGUUGCGUGGCUCCCGCCUGGCACGCCGGCGGCCUCGGGAGCAGCUCAAGCCCAUGAGGCCGGCGCGCCCUGCCGCCGGUGCAGAAGAGACGGAGCUCCCGGCCCCCGCGGUGGAGCGGAGGAUCAAUGCGGUUCAGGAAUCGAUUCCAGCGUUUCAUGAACCAUCGGGCCCCAGCCAAUGGCCGCUACAAACCAACUUGCUACGAACAUGCUGCCAAUUGCUACACACACGCAUUCCUCAUUGUUCCAGCCAUUGUGGGCAGUGCCCUCCUCCAUCGGCUGUCUGACGACUGCUGGGAAAAGAUAACAGCAUGGAUCUACGGGAUGGGCCUUUGCGCCCUCUUCAUUGUCUCCACAGUGUUUCACAUAGUAUCAUGGAAGAAGAGCCACUUAAGAACAGUGGAGCAUUGUUUCCACAUGUGUGAUCGGAUGGUCAUCUACUUCUUCAUUGCUGCUUCCUACGCCCCAUGGUUAAAUCUCCGUGAACUUGGACCCCUGGCAUCUCAUAUGCGUUGGUUUAUCUGGCUCAUGGCAGCUGGAGGAACCAUUUAUGUAUUUCUCUACCAUGAAAAAUAUAAAGUGGUUGAACUUUUCUUCUAUCUCACGAUGGGAUUUUCUCCAGCCUUGGUGGUGACAUCAAUGAAUAACACUGACGGACUUCAAGAGCUUGCCUGUGGGGGCUUGAUUUACUGCUUGGGAGUUGUGUUCUUCAAGAGCGAUGGCAUCAUUCCAUUUGCCCAUGCCAUCUGGCACCUGUUUGUGGCCACAGCGGCUGCCGUACACUACUACGCCAUUUGGAAGUACCUGUACCGAAGUCCCACGGACUUCAUUCGGCAUUUAUGACCAGUCUCUGCUAGGUUUUCAAAUCAGUAUUAUCACAAGUGAGGCACUUGAGUGGGGGUAAGAGCUGAAUGUUGCACACAGAAGAAGAAUGAGCAACUUGCACUGACUUCUUUUAAUUUUUUUUUUAAUAUAAUUACUGUGAAAGUGUAAAAGCUGUGCCUUGGAGUUUUCCUCUCCACAGGCAACAGAUAAGGUAGUGAAUCAAUUCUUCAUUCCAUUCCACUAUCAUGAAGGACUCGGGAGAGACAUGGCCAACUGAUGUUUACAAACCAGAAUUUUGUAUUUUUGUUUUACAGGUUUUAACUACGAUGAUUUUUUCUAAAUUAGUAGGUCAGGUUGUCAAAGUCAGUGCAAUAAUACAACUUCCUUUUUAAGAAAAACAAAAGUUGUUUCUAUCACACGUUUCCCGUUCACUGUGUAAAAGAAUCAUGGAAACUUAACACUACUUUUUUACCAUGUUUCAUCUUGACAUAACAUGGUUAUUUUUUAAAAGGAGGCUUCAGUUCUUUUGUAAAUUUUUAAAAGAAACUAUUCCAUUGAUGCGCACCCCUGUGGGUCCUCAUUCAUGAGAAGUUUUGCAGCAAGCGGUCAACAUUCCACAGACAAACAUUAUACCUCUUCUGACAGUUUUAUUAAGUGUGGAGAACUUGCCAAUUUUUUAGAAAAACUGCAGUUUUUUCCAAACUUUUCUGCCAAUCUCUGACCCUGAAUUCAGUGCUGCUUUGGACUGAUGUCCUUGUCCUAGUAUGGGCCACCAGGGGUAAGACAGUGUUUUGACACCAUCAACUUUUUCAGAAGACAUAACUCUGCUGUAUGCCUUUGCCACAUUUUCUCUGGGGUCUCUCUCCACAGUGGAGGAGGAUCCUGUCCGGAUUAUGACAGUAUUGUUGGGUUGCCCAUCUGCCAGACACUUCUCAUGAGCUUUCUGAAUUAUGGUGAACUGUAUUGCCACUCUGGUGCCCAAGGGUUCAAGUCUUUGUGGUUGAGCCACUUAAUUUUACUGUAUCAGUUUGAUAUUGAUUUUAUUUGUGGGACUAGACACACAAACUCACAUUUCUGCCUUUUCCUCUGCAUUUCUCAAUAUCCUAUGUUUUUUUUUCACACCAUAAAUAAAACAUUGAUUGACAGGUAGAAGCUCAUGUCAGUAGUCUAUGGGUUUUAUGCUGACUCAGUGGAGUGAUAUUUAUAUAUUAUUUCUAGUUUCCUCUCGAUGUCUUAUAUUAAGAUUGAUGUAUUAGUUGCUUUAUUGGUUAAUCUAUCUUGGUGUUUAAGAGAAAUGAAGUCACCUUGCCUUUAGAACAGAUGUUAAUAUAACCUGUUUGUCUAGAAAUAGGCUUGCUCAAUGGAACUGUCAGAUUAAAGAUAUGCUUUAUUAAUUGAAAUUCUGUACAGCUGUAAGUUUGAAAGGAAGUUUAUUCUAUAUGUAUGUUUGGGCUCUGAUUUUGAUAAAUUGUAAAGGAACAACUGAAGAACUGAUUGCUGGGGAUUUCUUCAGUAGUCAAGGGUACCCAAGGAUAACACCAGCCAGGCUGCUCUGUAUGCAUGAUUCUGAACAUUUAGGUGCCUGUUAUUUUACUGUAUAUAUUUUACUUUAAAUAUAUUAACUUUUUGUGGAUUCAUUUAAAGUCUGCUCAUAUGCAACACUGUCAAAACCACUAAAAUGUAUGUAAGAACUUGUGCUGUAGAUUAGAAUAAAGUUGUUACUUGGGUUGA